GACACUCAGUUGAAAAUUGCUCUAACCUGCAAUCAAUAACAUUUUUAAAAGGUUUCAUGUUUUCGCUUUUCACUAAAUUAAAUCUGUAUAUGUACAUGUAUCUUAUAAACAGCUGGUGAAAGGAAAAGACCUAGUUUUCUACAACAAGUGUCUCACUGAAUUUGUUUCACUCUUGGAGGAUCUACUAACUAUAGAUGAAAAGCUAUUUUCUUCCAACUGUCCUCCUUUGGAGGCCUUGCCUCUCUACCUUAGCCAUUUUCAGUUCACAGAGAGUAGUGACGAUAAGGAGGAGCUGAACAUGGUGAAGAAAUUCAUGUGUGUAAAGCAUGCAGAAGAUUGCUAUGCUUUACAAGAAGCAGUAAGUAAAAUCAUUGGCCAUGUGAUUAGUGAUGUUUACCAGUUUGCGCAGAGCAGUGUGACAAGUUUAUGGACAAUCUCUUGCCAACUUCUUCAGACUGGUCUCUUGCGUAUUAAACAGGAAGCACUGGAUAUAUUAACUGGCUUGUUACCUUGGAGUGGACUGCCUAGUGUGCCUGUCCUGGACAAGUUUGUCAAAUGUCUUUGUUCUUUGUUGGAGUUAUUGGUGUCUGGAGUUGCUGGUAAAAUACCAGUUAAUGGAAGAGAAAAGGUCACUGCUCUGGAGGUCAGUAUUGCAAAGUGUUUAGAAGUCCUUUCCACACGCCUCUCGCCUGGAAAAAGCGAUCAUCCUCAACAGCCAGGUUCAACAUCAGAAGGAGUCCUGUAUGUCUUUCCUGCAUGGCACGUCAAUCACUUCUUGUUGAAGUUUAGGACUGCUCUUCAUCGGGGUGGCCUACACAAAUUUCUUACGAAAGAACUGAAGAGAGCUGUCUGCCAGUUUGUUGCCCAUAUAUACAGGAAUGUACCAAUCAACACAGGACGCACAGUUCUUUUAUCACAAUAUCGUGUUAGAGACGAGAUAAAUGAAUGGCUGGUUGGUUACACUGGUUACGAACCACAGCAACAGGUAAUUGGCUUGGUUGUGACGGGAAUGCACUCAAUUGAGGGGUUUGCUGUUAAAAAUGGAAGCCCCUGGGUUACUAUAGCAUCUAAUAAGCUCAUGAGACUGUCAAAGUACAUGUUACAAUGGACAAAUUUUUUAAUCCCAGGGUUGUCCACUUAUGCAGGGCUGGUCUUCUUAUAUGUGUUUGUGUAUGUAUGUACUUUUUAUGUACAUGUAUACAUGUAUGUCUGAUUGGUGCUUUACAGAGUGGUGCACACUCUGCUUUUUUGUUUGGAUAAAAUAAGUCGACUCUCGACUGACUGUUGAUUGAGAUGUCGAUGGAGUGUUGAUUGAGUGUCAACCGAGGUGUUGAUGGAGUGUUUGAGUAUCGAUCAAGGGUUGAUUGAGGGUAUCGAUUUAGGGUAUCGAUCACACUCAACCGUGGAUACCUUUUGUACACAUGAUCCUUUUGUUUAAUAGUCGUCUUAUUGGGUAGCAAACUCUGUUUUAUGUCUGAGUGCUGAGUACUGCACACUUUGAUGUUGUUUUUAAUACAGUGGUCUGGUUGCUGAUUGCAGCAGACUCUCCAUUUUUAAACUUUUCAGGGCAGACCCGAUUGCCUAUAAACUUUGUGUAAAAUUGGUGUAAAAUGUACCUGUAUACACAUUUUCAUAUGUGUAAUGCUUUGUUACAUGUGAACUGUACUAGUACUGCUACAGUAGUAGUA